AUGUCAAUGGGGAAUUUCUUUAAGAAAUUGGGAAGUGGAAAAAGCAAAAGCAGUCGAAGUUUUAGAGACAGAACGACGUCGUCUCUUUCUAAUGAACCAUCACCGUCGGAUUCUUCAAUCUCCGUUUCCGACAAGAUCAACGCCGCCAAGAAGAAGUACGCUCUGAUCCCUGAUCGCUUCUCUUCACUUGAUCAGGUAUCAAAAGCUCUAAGAGAAGCUGGUCUUGAAUCAUCCAACCUCAUUCUCGGAAUUGAUUUCACAAAGAGCAACGAAUGGACUGGGAAAACUUCUUUCCAAGGAAAAUGUCUGCACGAGCUCGGUGAUACUCCGAAUCCAUAUGAAAAGGCGAUUUUUGUUAUCGGCCAAACAUUGGCCCCUUUCGACGAAGACAAUCUCAUCCCUUGUUUCGGUUUUGGCGAUUCAACGACGCAUGACGAGGAAGUGUUCGGUUUCCACAGCGACAAUUCUCCAUGUCACGGCUUCGAAGAGGUCUUAGCAUGUUACAGGAGAAUCGCACCUGACUUGCGUCUAUCAGGGCCGACUUCGUAUGGACCUCUCAUCGAUGCUGCUGUCGACAUUGUCGAGAAGAACAAAGGACAAUUUCAUGUUCUGGUGAUUGUAGCUGAUGGGCAGGUAACGAGAGGUUUGGAUAUGGCCGAGGGAGAACUCAGCCAACAAGAGAAAACAACCAUCGACGCGAUUGUAAACGCGAGCUCGUAUGCUUUGUCGAUUAUUUUAAUCGGUGUUGGAGAUGGGCCAUGGGAAGACAUGAGGAAGUUUGAUGACAAGAUCCCUAAGCGUGAAUUCGACAACUUUCAGUUUGUGAAUUUCACAGAGAUUAUGAAGAGAGAUUCACCAGCGUCCGCCAAAGAAACUGCCUUUGCUCUUGCUGCUCUGAUGGAGAUUCCCUUUCAAUAUCAAGCAGCAAUCGAGCUCAGCUUACUCGGGAAAUCGACGGGCUUAGCCAAGAAAAUAAACCCGAGGCCACCACCGAUUCCUUACACGCCUCCAAUAAGUACUGAUCUACCAUCAUCUGCAUCAGACGAACAAGCCCAGGCAAACGUGGCUUUCGGCUGUGGUCACAUGACAUGUGGAGAUUGCGGAUCCAGGAUAUCAAACUGCCCCAUCUGCAGAGUACUGAUCACUAGCCGGCUACGGCUUUACACGUGA